AUGUCGGCCAACAUAGCCCUUUCCUCCCGGCAUCGAACCGAUAUGGCAACAUUGUUCGAUGUUUUCUGUGAGGUUGGGGCUGGAGGACAAGAUGGCCUUCCAGUGAUAUUAACAAAAUAUCCGGAAGAUUACAACGAUGAGCCUGCUCUGAAGAGUGUUCGGCAGUUUAGCUUCCCGUGUGGCUUAAAAGAAGCUGAUUCUGAUGCGGUUCAGCUGUUCUCCUUUGUUUUGACCGACUCACAAUCUCAAUAUACAUUCGGUUAUUGUCGAUAUACUCCUAGAAACAAUACAUGUAUUUGCAUUUUGAGUGGUUUUUCGUGGCCUGGAGUAUUUUAUAAAAUAUUGAAUCACGUCUCACUUAUAAUGAACAAUGGCACGCAAGAUGAUCUGGAUGCAAUUCUAACGCGAAUAUAUCAUACGGACAUUCCUAAUAUCGGCGAUACACUACAAUUUGAAUGUCACAAUGGCAUGCAUAAACUCGAAGUGAAAGUUCCCGAUAUUACUAAACUGCCCACGCUUCGUGAAGACAAGUUCAUGUUGGAGUUUUAUAAUGCUGUGUCACCAAGACAAAUGUUGGCUAUUUAUGCUAGUUUGCUCAAAGAACGUCGCAUUAUUUUCACUGGAAGGAAAUUGAGUCAGCUCAGUUCAUGCAUCUAUGCAGCCUCAACACUUCUUUACCCAAUGUUUUGGCAAUCCGUUUUCAUACCAGUUUUACCGGAAUCUUUGCUUGAUAUGGUCAUGGCUCCGAUGCCAUUUCUUAUCGGUGUUCCGAAGCAAGUAAUGGAAGUAAACGUGCUAAAAGAUCUCGGUGAGGUCGUUAUUGUGGAUCUUGAAGAUAAAACACUUCAAAGCGCACAUAACGAUGUGGCUGACAUCCCGAAUGAGGUUGUGAUGUAUCUUAAAGCCCAGUUGAAAAGCUCGUCCGACAUGGGAGAUUCGAUAUCGAGAAGUUUCCUUCGUGCCAAUGUUCUACUCUUCGGCGGUUAUCGAAUGGGUUUUGUCAGGAGCGAAUCAACGGGGGUGGUUCACUGGGAUAAGGAGAAGUUUGUUCGGGAACAGAGAUCCUCGUUUCAACCAUUUCUAUCGUCACUUAUAGGAACGGACGGUGUUCAAUAUCUUGAAAGGUUUAUCGAGGAGCGGACAAGGGCUCUCAACAGUGGCUUGCCAAUUUCGGAUGAGUUCGAAACGGAAAUCGGAAACAUAGACAAGUUAAAGAUACAGGCAGUAAAUCCCGAAGCGAUACAACAAGCAAUGCAAAGUGUGAAGGACAAUGCAAGUGACGUAAUCGGGGCGCUGAAAGAUAAAGUAACGGGAAUUCAGAUCGGUGCGAAACUAAAUAAGUUGACGCCGAAGGAUAUCCGGAAACCGAAGAAUUGGACACUGAAAAAAGGGUCAAAAAGUGCCGGUUUCGAGCCAAUGUCAUUUGACAACAUCCAAUGGCGUGAGCCAGGGGCUGAUAGCGACUCGUCCAAUGGUUCAUCUCCUCGCCCAGAUGACUCGUCAAAUGUACCGGUCGCCAAUCUCAUCGAUUUUGAUACACCCAUUGAGAAUCCUGUUCCUCAUGACAGUACGAAUUCUCUCUUCUUGGACUUGGUAUCAUCUCCAUCGUCUUCGGUUUCUCCACCCAUACCCCAACGAGUACCUGUGGCAGCGCCUAUUCCAGUAGGAACAAAUGGGAAACAUUCGAUUAGAGUUCUAAUAAUGGGAUGCGGGUUUAUCGAUCCAAAUGUGCUAGUAUAA